AUGGGAGAAGCUGAGGCUAUGAUACUCGCCAGAAACUCAACAUCAGUCCCUGUCCCAGAAGUACUCAAUGCUUAUAUGAUUGAAGAUAUUGGAUUUAUCUUAAUGAGGAAGAUAUCCGGUGUUACUCUUCAGGCUUGUUGGGAAAAUCUUUCUGAGGAUUCGCAACAAUUCAUUGUGGACCAACUCCGAGGCUAUAUUCAUGAAUGGCGCAACAUUGAAGGCACUUUCUUUGGGUCUAUAGGCCAAGGGCCCUGUCAAGAUACCGUCUUCAUGCAUCCAUGGGGAGAAAAGAAUUAUCAGUAUGGGCCAUUUCAAACACGGAAGGAAUUUAACCAAGGUGUUGUUGAAGCGCUUAAGAACGCAAGACCUGGCGGGCAGCUAGUCGAUGAGGAUGACUACCGCCUAGCAGAAGAGAUUCUUGCAUCAGGGGAGAAUGGGCAAGAUGAGAGGAAAAUCUUGACUCAUGGUGACCUACACCCCACUAAUAUCAUCAUCAACGAUGGUAGGGUAGCUGGGAUUAUUGACUGGGGCGCAGCUGGAUACAGUAUUGCGUCAAGGGAAUACUUCGGUUUGAUUUGGAUGACGCCGGAUUCGUCAUGGAGAAAAUCUGCAUCUACCAUUCUGCCCUCAGAUGAGUAUGAGUUUUGGGCUAAGGUGAAUUAUUCCAUGACUCAAUACACAGGCAUCUAA